AUGGCCAGGCGGCCUCGUGUGUCCCCAGGACGCGCCUCGUCCCCGUGUCGGCCUCGUCCCCGUGUCGGCCUCGUGGAGACUCAGGGCCAGGUGUGCCCGACCCGACUGCCCACUGACGAAGCCAGCCCCCCCCCCUUCCUCUUUGUUCGGGGCUGGAAUGUCUUUGUCUGGUUUUGGCAGAUCAGGGAGUCUUGCCUGGCAGGCAGACUGUGGGCCCAGCUGCUCCCCACGUGUCUGGGGGGGCUUCCCAGCAAGGCCUCCUGGGCUUCCCGUCUUUGUGGGAAGAAUGAAACUCUAAGGGACCUGCGCUUCAACCGGAUCCGAGAGAUCCCGCCCGGAGCCUUCAGGAGGCUGAGAAACCUGAACACCUUGCUCCUCAACAACAAUCAGAUCAAGAGCAUCCCGGCCGGGGCCUUCGAGGACCUGGAGAACCUGAAGUAUCUCUAUCUGUACAAGAAUGAGAUCCAGGCGAUUGACAGGCAAGCCUUUCAGGGACUUUCCUCCCUAGAACAACUAUACCUGCACUUCAACCAGAUAGAAACCCUGGACCCCGAGUCCUUUCAGCACCUGCCCAAGCUGGAGCGGCUGUUUUUACACAACAACCGAAUUGCGCAUUUGGUCCCGGGGACAUUUAACCACUUGGAAUCCAUGAAAAGACUGCGGCUGGACUCGAACGCGCUGCACUGCGACUGUGAGAUCCUGUGGCUGGCGGACCUGCUCCAGUUGGGGCCGGUUCCUCUGCGGCUGAAGCCCCAGAAGACACGCCCCCCCUCACCCCCAUCUCCUUGUUGCGCAGAAAGACCCCGGAUCACGUCGGAGCCCCAGGACGCGGACGUCACCUUGGGGAACACCGUGUUCUUCACCUGCAGGGCCGAGGGCAACCCCAAGCCCGAGAUCAUCUGGCUGCGGAACAACAACGAGCUGAGCAUGAAGGCGGAUUCCCGCCUGAACCUGCUGGACGACGGGACGCUGAUGAUCCAGAACACGCGGGAGACGGACCAGGGCGUGUACCAGUGCAUGGCCAAGAACGCGGCCGGCGAGGCCAAGACGCAGGAGGUGACCCUCAGGUACUUUGGGUCUCCAGCUCGACCCACUUUUGUAAUCCAGCCGCAGAACACGGAGGUGCUGGUCGGGGAGAGCGUCACGCUGGAGUGCAGCGCCACGGGCCACCCGCUGCCCAGGAUCGAGGGGCCCGUCCCCGGGACCACCUUCGUGUUCACCUUCGCACUCACGCCUCCACCCGGCUCUCUCCCUCAGUUCACCGUGACCCCGCAGGACAGAGCUGUGAUCGAGGGUCAGACCGUUGAUUUCCAGUGCGAGGCCAAGGGGUACCCACAGCCCGUCAUCGCCUGGACGAAAGGAGGUAGGGCGCACACCUGGUCUCCAGCCGUCACCACCUCCCUCCCUCGGAACACUGACUCGAAGCCAGCUGUGUCUUUCUCUGCUCUCCCUCAGUUCACCGUGACCCCGCAGGACAGAGCUGUGAUCGAGGGUCAGACCGUUGAUUUCCAGUGCGAGGCCAAGGGGUACCCACAGCCCGUCAUCGCCUGGACGAAAGGAGGUGUCAGCUGUGCUCCUUGCCUUCCAGUCACCCCGGUGUUCAGCAGCGUCCCCAGCGACCAGACGGCGGAGGUGGGCUCCAACGUGCAGCUGCCGUGCAGCUCGCAGGGCGAGCCCGAGCCCACCAUCACCUGGAACAAGGAUGGGGUCCAGGUGACAGAAAGCGGGAAGUUUCACAUCAGCCCUGAGGGGUUCCUGACCAUCCACGACGUGGGAACCGCGGACGCCGGCCGCUACGAGUGUGUGGCGCGGAACACCAUCGGGCAGGCCUCGGUCAGCAUGGUGCUCAGUGUCAGCGUGCCUGACGUCAGCCGAAACGGGGACCCGUUCGUGGCCACAUCCAUCGUGGAGGCGAUCGCAACGGUCGACAGGGCCAUAAACUCCACGCGGACACACCUGUUUGACAGCCGUCCACGCUCCCCUAACGACCUGCUGGCCCUGUUCCGCUACCCGAGGGACCCCUACACCGUGGAGCAGGCGCGCGCCGGCGAGAUAUUCGAGCGGACGCUGCAGCUGAUCCAGGAGCAUGUGCAGGGCGGCCUCAUGGUCGACCUCAACGGAACCAGCUACCACUACAACGACCUGGUGUCCCCGCAGUACCUGAGCCUCAUCGCCAACCUGUCGGGCUGCACGGCGCACCGGCGCGUGAACAACUGCUCGGACAUGUGCUUCCACCAGAAGUACCGCACGCACGACGGCACCUGCAACAACCUGCAGCACCCGAUGUGGGGCGCCUCGCUGACGGCCUUCGAGCGCCUGCUCAAGUCCGUGUACGAGAACGUGGCGCUGAACCCGCACUGGGACGGCGACACGCUGUACCACGAGGCCCGCAAGAUCGUGGGCGCGCAGAUGCAGCACAUCACCUACCAGCACUGGCUGCCCAAGGUGCUGGGCGAGGUGGGCAUGAAGAUGCUGGGCGAGUACCGCGGCUACGACCCCGGCGUCAACGCGGGCAUCUUCAACGCCUUCGCCACGGCCGCCUUCCGCUACAACCUGUCGGCCGCGCACACCUUCGAGGACCUCAAGAACGAGAUCCAGGACCCCGAGGUCCGCGAGAAGCUGCGCCGGUUGUACGGGUCCCCCCUCAACAUCGACCUGUUCCCGGCCCUCAUGGUGGAGGACCUGGUGCCCGGCAGCCGCCUGGGGCCCACGCUCAUGUGCCUGCUCAGCACGCAGUUCCAGCGCCUGCGGGACGGGGACAGGCUGUGGUAUGAGAACCCUGGGGUGUUCUCGCCGGCCCAGCUGACGCAGAUCAAGCAGACGUCGCUGGCCAGGGUCCUGUGCGACAACUCCGACAACAUCACGCGUGUGCAGAGGGACGUGUUCCGGGUGGCGGAGUACCCCCACGGCUACAGCAGCUGCGACGACAUCCCCAGGGUGGACCUGCGGGUCUGGCAGGACUGCUGUGAAGACUGCAGGACCCGGGGGCAGUUCAGCGCCUUCUCCUACCAUUUCCGAGGCCGGCGGUCCCUUGACUUCAGUUACCGGGAGGGCGAGCCCCCCACGGAAGCAGGGAAGACACUGAGCGUCGGGAAGCCCGGCCAGCGCCCCAGGAACGCCACGGCUGCCUCCUCUGAGCACCCCCAGGCCCUGGGGCCCAGCGACUUCCGGGACUUCGUGCUGGAGAUGCAGCAGACCAUCACGGACCUCCGGACACAGAUAAAGAAACUCGAGUCUCGGCUCAGCACGGCCGAGUGCACCGACGCGGAUGGCGAGCCCCACGCGGAUGGCGCCCGGUGGAAGCGAGACGCGUGCACCGUCUGUGAAUGCCGCGACGGGCAGAUCACCUGCUUCGUGGAAGCCUGCCAGCCCGCCGACUGCCCGGCACCCGUGAGGAUCGAUGGCGCCUGCUGCCCGGUCUGCCUGAGGGAACCCCCCGGAGCCCAGGAG